CUGAGCGCUGAGAGCCCAGAGAGACAGAGAGGAAGGAGAGGGAAGCUAGGAUAGACACCAGCAGGUGCUGAGGAUAGGAAAAAAAAGCACUGGAAUAGAAAUAGGGUGCCAGAAAGAAGGGUAUUUAAAGUAAAGUGUGUUAAAAGAUAAAAGUAAAGGCACAAACUAAAUCAGCUUAUUUUUAUACUCAACUGGAACCCACUUAUUUUCUUUUUCAGCCACCUUCACUGAGCUUUUUGCUGCCCUUCUUUCGUGCGGAUUCUCCUUCUCGUUCAUCCCCAUCUCCUCCUCCUCUCAUCCUCUCUGAUAGACGGUGCCACCAUGGAAACUGGGAGUCCCAGGAAGAUACAGUUCACCGUCCCCCUGCUGGACACCCACCUGGACCCAGAGGCAGCUGAACAGAUCAGAAGACGUAGACCAACACCUGCCACCUUAGUGGCAUCCAGUGAUCAAUCAUCACCUGAAAUAGAUGAAGAUCGCCUCCCAAACCAGUUAUACAAGGCAGCUUUGUUGAACUCCCCUCGACAGCGGCGAAAAGGGCAAAAAGGAACACCUACGAUGAAAGAGCUGCAGUUCAUGGUGGAGCACCACCUGUACAGGCAGCAGCAGGGAGCUGGGGACGAGUGCUCCUCCGAGAGCUGCCUGUCGGACCGGCCCAGCCCCGACUCUGUUCCUACCGGAGAGGAGCUCCCACACGAUGACGAGACCACUGCGGAGGCCUUUGAGAAACUGCGCUGCCAAAUGGAGGAGUUCUCGAGGGAGAGUCUAUUAGAGGCUGCAGGUGGACUCGAGUGCCCUCUCUCCAAGGAGAAAGAGGAUUGUUCCAGUGUUGCCAAUGUAGCAGAUCCCUCGUCGCAACAAAACAGCGCACAAGCAGACACAAAAGCGGGAGCAUCCAGUGCGAGUCAGCCAGCAGAGGAGAAGACAAAGAAAUGCAGCCUGGAGAAAGAAAAAUAGAGCAGUCCUCUGUACAACACAAUGCUGUUCAGUGUGCUCAGUCGGCCCAACACAAUGACAGAAGAUUGUGUCUGCAGAUUCACUCUUUAGAAACAUCAGGGCAUCUCUUAUUCUUCUACAUUCAGGCCUUAGUUACCACCUCGAGAACAAGAACAAAGGUUUCUACGUUUAUUUUGUGUCAAAAACCCAGUGUAAAGGGACAGUUAUUUAAUUGUGUUUGUCUGUUCCAGCUUUCCCAGCACUAAACUAAAACUAGCCUACUGUACGUAUGAACCAGACGGAGAGUCGAUUUAAUGGCAGUCUUUUCCUUUCUCAGUCACACAGUCAUCAUCAUAAACUAUAGCUGAUGUGUUUAAUGUCCCUUAUAAUGUUCAAAGGCAACAAAUGCUUUAUUUGCAAUUCUUCUGGACAGUUUUUACCAUCAAAUAUGUGCCAUGGCUUCAGCAAUUAAUGUUCCAUCUCAGAGCAAUAAAACUGUAUCCGUACCUCAUAAGUAACUGGAGCCAAAACCGUCUAUUUUAAUUCAAAUGCCAACACUUUGUCCCACUGAGGUAGAUGCUGAAUCGUAGCUUGGUGGAGAUCACAUCUGGGUUGAUUGACAGUUUACAUUCAAAUAUAUUUACUUAUUUUACAUUACUGGAUUCAACAACUACAAAUACAGAGUGUUCUCAAGAAAUACAACGGAUUUCUGUUACAGAAUGACAAAAUUAGGUAAUUAAUAGUUAACCUGUGAGUUUGACAAAUGAAAGAAAUUUUAAUCAGCAAAUAUUUUGAUAUCUAAUUUUAAGACUAAAAAUAUAUGAUUUUUCUGGUUCCAGCUUUGCUGCUUUUGCUAAACUGUGUUUACACAGAAUGCAUUUCAGCCAUGUUUUCAGUCUUUCAUACUGAUAUGCUCCUAUUUAAAUGAAACCGGGCAUUUUCACAGGAGUAACAGCUUGCAUUUACACUGAAGUACAUUUUAAGCUCAUACCCACAGUUAUUGUGUUGUAUUUGCCUAUUAAAGCCUCUAAAAUGCGGGUGGCCUACAACUCAGUGCUGUGCCUGAAAGCCUCCUGUGUGACACAAAUGGAGCACAGCUAAUGUACUGCUCAUGACCUCUCUGUAGAUACAGUUUGUCUUCUAUAAUUGUAAUUUAUAGGCUCUGGACAGUUGAUCGGAAAAAACAAGACAUUGAAAAAUGUUACUUUGAGCACUGGGAAAUUUUGGGGGUAUUUUAUUUUUUAUUUUAUGACAAUUUGUACAUGACAUGAAUAAUGAAUGCAUCAAGAAAGUCAUCAGCAUAUUACCUGCUAAUUAAAAUGUCAGCAUACAUAUCUGCUCUGUGAAAAAGGUUGCCAGGUUGGGUCAGUCGUCAGAAUGGCACCCCAACUUUUUGGCUGUCUUUUAGGCAGACUGAUAACACAAUGAAAGGAGUCACAAAAUAACAUAAACACUUAUUUUGGAGAAAGAAAAAUAGAAGCGCAAAGAGAGAAACUUAGAUUUCUUUUUUUUUUAAUCUUUGCUUUGUAAAUGUACCCUCUGUUUUCACAUUAAUUCAUCAAAAUACCACCAUAUGGAAAUAUUUGGAGACUUCAUGUCCACACAGUCAAUUAAAUCCCUUGAUGGAUUGUUCAGAGAUUUGGAUUCAGCACCACCUCUCAGACUUGCUGCUAAUUUUUCCCAGUGGCCACUUGUGAUAUGGCAACAUAAAAUCAUCUGGCAUAGAGGCCUAGAAUGCUUUAUUCAAAGCAUUAUUAUCACGUGUAACCUUGCUGAUGGGACACAACUUCAACAACACAACUUCAAGCAAGGACUGAUUUAUUCUUUCUAUUAGUAGUUUUUGUAUUUUCAAAACAAGCAACUACCAUUCAAGUGAAUGGCUGCCAUCUUUGAGUCUGUGAUUCACUUUUUUCUGUACAUCAUAAGUUGUGUACAGGAGCAGCAGACUCUGAACAACAACCCACACUAGCAUUCCUGCUUAACUAGCUUCAGCACACAUCUUGUCCUGCACCUUAGCUUGCUUAACAAUCAACCAAACAAUCAUUCACCAGUGGAAAAUGCACCAAUAAUGUCAGUCUAGCUCAGCUGUAGCUCAUUAAACUGGAUGUAGACAUACCUGGAAAUGUCUUUGGUGCAUUUAGAAGCUGGUGUAUUUCUCUGGGUCCCCUUCAUUAAAAUUGCUAACUGCUGUAUGCCUGUAAAUUGUACGUUACAGGGCAGGUUUGUUUACUUCGUCUCUGAGGCCCAGUCUAGACCUGAAUAUGUUGUUUUUAAAACUGGCUUUUUCCUACUUUGUUCCCAAAAAAUAUGUUUCCACAUUAAAACAUAAAAACACAAUGAAAGUGUGAACAAAAUCAACAGAUGGUAAUAUAAUCCUAAAAUCAUGCUGGCCAAUCAGAAGCUUCAAAAAAGACGGUUUCAGUAGACUCCCAACAACGGUGCACUGAAGAAGGAUUGAUGCUGUGCUCCGUUUCUCGCUCUCGUACAGGAGAAGCUGUAGAUUUAAGUGUAAGCAUGUAAAAGGUCCUGUUAGGAAGGUUAGCAUUAGCCUUGUUUCGGCCAUGCAAGUCGUGGCACAAAUGCGCCUCAUGUGAACAAAGGAAAUAGUAACGCACACUCUGACGUCACAGGCCAAAAACCAAACUGCAGUCAGAGUUUCUGAUCAUCUUCACCCUGGAAGGAGUUGUCCAGUAUGUUUUCAAUGACCUGAAAUAUCUUUUGUGUGUUUGCAAAAGACCAAAACACAGAGAAAAAGCUAUUUUUUCAACCUUAAACUUUAUUGUCCCAACAAGGCUCCGGCUGCUGUCAGUCAAACACAGGCGGUAACAUUUUCCUGAGAAGACCUUUCUUUUCUUUCUUUUAAUAGUAUAAAAGCUAUUAAUGGAAGAAAGACAGUUAAAUUAAUUCUGACUGCAAAAAGGGAUGAUUAAUGCGAUUUCAGCCGGACUUCAGACUUCCUUUAUCUUCCUAAUAUUCAAACUGAAAUGUGUUUUACUCUUUGAACAGGGUGUCGAGUAAUUAAUCAGUCAUUAAUUAACGACACUGAUAUGUCUGUUUAUAGGAAUAUAUUGAUAACCUGACUUUUACCACUCAGACCACGGGUAAAGGUAUAGUUGACAAGCAGACUACAUAACAGAGCAUUGUGUCUGCAGAGACAUUUACAUAUUUUGGAUUAACAAGGAGGAAUUCAUUUCCAGCGAACAAAUUGCACCCUCAUUUUUGACACAUGAAUGCUCCUCGGGAAUCUAAAUCCUAGUCAUAAAACACGUUCUUGCAUGGCACUGAAUGUACAUUGACUUCUCAAUUUCAGCCCAAGUCAUUUACUGUACUUUAUUUCGUACAGGAACAAAUGUAAGCAGCAACUCAAGCAUUUUCAAUACGAGACACAUAUUGUCAUUGCUGCAUUUUCUUUUAAUUCUAGUUUUAUAUGUAACAGAAACAUUACAAAAUCAUCACCACACUCUUAAAUGUUUUACAUCAUUUCAGCUGUUAUUUGCAUCACUGAAGUGGCAUUAUCAUGUAGAUUAUGUGACAAUCCUUCCAUAAGCUUCACAUCAUACUUGACAUGUCUGAAAGAAAGAAAUGAACAGAAGUGAAACAGAAAACUGAAGCCACCUUAGUAUUGAUGUCACCAUAGCAGAUUAAUCAGCCACAGCUUCAGCGGUUAAGUUCCCAGUUGUCAACAGUGGCCACUUUAUCCACGAUGAAGAAAGACAGUAAAACAUUCCUCUGAAAGCUUUCGUUUUCUUCUUCUGCAAUGUAUUUAUGGACCAUGUAAUGUUUGUUCUGUUUUUGAAUGGUAAUAGUGUACUUUUCAUGAUUUAAACCUGGGGAGUUUUUGUUCCAGUUUUACUUGAAUUGAUUGAAGAUUACGUCUGUAAUCUAAAUUUGUUUGAUACAAUAAAAUGUUUAAAUUGG